AUGAAGUCAAACAUCAUCGUCGCCUUGACCGUCGUCCUCGGACUCAUGGCUGCUUCCGGCACAGCAGCCCCUGCUGGCAUCCCUGGAUACGCCGCUAAGGCCGGUGUCCCUGUCCGCUCCGCCGAGCCCAAGGGUGUCCCAGUCCGCGGCAUCCCUGGAUACCCCGCUGAGGCCGGUGUCCCAGUCCGUUCCGCCAAGCCCAAGGGUGUCCCAGUCCGUAGCGUUCCCAACCCUGAGGCUGGUGUCCCAGUCCGUUCCGUCGAGCCCAACGGUGUCCCAGUUCGCAGCGUUCCCAACCCUGAGGCUGGUGUCCCUGUCCGUUCCGCCGAGCCCAAGGGUGUCCCAGUUCGCAGCGUUCCUAACCAUGAGGCUGGUGUCCCAGUCCGUUCCGUCGAGCCCAAGGGUGUCCCAGUUCGCAGCGUUCCCAACCCUGAGGCCGGUGUCCCUGUUCGCUCCGCCGAGCCCAAGGGUGUCCCAGUUCGCAGCGUUCCCAACCCUGAGGCUGGUGUCCCUGUCCGCUCCGCCGAGCCCAAGGGUGUCCCAGUCCGUAGCGUUCCCAACCCUGAGGCUGGCGUCCCUGUCCGCUCCGCCGAGCCCAAGGGUGUCCCAGUUCGCAGUGUUCCCAACCCUGAGGCUGGUGUCCCUGUCCGUUCCGUCGAGCCCAAGGGUGUCCCAGUUCGCAGCGUUCCCAACCCUGAGGCUGGUGUCCCUGUUCGCUCCGCCGAGCCCAAGGGUGUCCCAGUUCGCAGCGUUCCCAACCCUGAGGCUGGUGUCCCUGUCCGCUCCGUCGAGCCAAAGGGUGUCCCAGUCCGCAGUGUUCCCAACCCUGAGGCCGGUGUCCCUGUCCGCUCCGUCGAGCCCAAGGGUGUCCCAGUCCGUAGCGUUCCUAACCAUGAGGCUGGUGUCCCAGUCCGUUCCGCCGAGCCCAACGGUGUCCCAGUUCGCAGCGUUCCCAACCCUGAGGCUGGUGUCCCUGUCCGUUCCGCCGAGCCCAACGGUGUCCCAGUCCGCAGCGUUCCCAACCACUAA